AUGAUGGCCGGCUCACAGCAGAAUGAGCCGCCAACCGCGGUUUGGAAUGCUGAGAAGGGCACAUCCAAAAACUUAUCUACCGGCAUGAUGAAACCACUCUAUACCUCUUGCAGUGAACAUCGGCACUCGCUUGAGAGAAACGGCUGCCUCUCUGGACCUUCGCCCAUCAUGGCGGAAACACCUCGAUUCUUCCAGCAAUCGGCGGCAACCCCUUCGCCUUUUCUACGUCUGCCAGUAGAGAUCAGGCUGCAAAUAUAUGGUCUUCUGGUUCUACCCAGGGACCAAUCACAUCUUUCGGCGUCCUACGAGAAAGUCACCGCCAGUGCUCAGGAUUACUACGAUUACGACAAGAACGACCUCGCCAAUCGCGCUAAUCCUACGCUUUGUAUCCGAACGAUCGAUCCACUGCGCUAUCCCAUGCGUUAUCCAGCUGAUCGACCACACCUUCGCGGUUCCUAUAGCGUUCACGGCCAAAGCAUGAGGUUUCGCUGCAUGUCCACCACCUACCACUGCGUAAACAUCCCGAAGAUCCAACCGAACCUCAAGAUCAUGGGCGUAAACAAGCAAAUUCACAAUGAAGUUGCAGAGCUUCUGUAUUCGGGAUACACCUUUGACUUUGAUACCCACGUCGAAGCCAUUGUCCCGUUCCUCGCCGACCUCACUCCAUUCGCAAGGAGCUGCAUCAAAAGCAUUCGAAUCGUCAAGCGCGCGCUGGCGUACCAGAAAGAAUUCGACAAAUGUGAAUGGAACGGUGCAAUGCGUGCACUCACUGAUCCCAACUGUGGAAUCUCGUUGAGGAGGCUGGAGCUUGGUGUUGUAGCUGGGCGACCUGGAGAGAAUGGAUGGAACGACGUUGCGACGUACUGUGCGAGAGACUUUGAUCUGCUACGGACGCAGGAGGGGAUGGAAUGGAUUCCAACCCUUCUUGGUGUUGCGGGGUUGAAGGAGCUGGACGUGCAUGCUGUGGUGGAACAUUGUCCGCCGGGAACAAGCAGUUCUGCCAUGGCAAACUAUAUCAGAUUUUCGGCGAGCGUUGAUGGUGGGUUUAGGGAGUGGUUGAAAGGCCAGUUGCUGUCUUGA